CUAAGUAACUCUGGUAAGCAGAUUUAUAGGGUGAGCUACUCUGAAGAAUUAGGGUCUGGAACUGAAUGGAAGAGACAUUUCACAAAGGGUGAACAGAUGAGAGAAAGGGGACUACAUUGAACAUAAGGGUUACCUGUAAGUGGAUGUUAGAAGGACCUAAAGAAAACAACAAGCCAUAUUUAAAUGUAUUAUUAACAGCAAAUGGGAGUGAAAACAGACAGAGAUGGGUAACUGACAGCCUCAAGGGAAGAGAAGAGGUUUAAGGAAGAAAACAAGUGAAGUGUCGGCCGGUAGAGCAGAAGAUGAACUCUACAGAAGCAAACAAGAACUCUCAAAGCAAUUCCUGUAAGUCAGGCUGGUGGGGUGAUGACAUUCAGUAUCAAUAUAUACAACAGCAAGACUGCUCCAGCUAUGGAAUCCCCAGUGAGGCAACCGCUCCACUGCAGGAAACCCCAGGAAAGCACCACACCCCUCAAACACAGACCUAUGGACAUUACACAGAGGAGCUCUCACAAUUUGCCCGUAAAGAAGCUGCAAAGUUGCUGCAAGAAAGGCCAAGUGUGAGCGUCACCAAACCGCCUGACGUACAGAAGGAAUGUUACACAAAGUGUCGAGCCUACAGGUGGAUGUAUCAAGGAGUUUCGCACAAUGUGUGGCUUCAGUAUUUGGCGUGGGUUUCCUAUCCACUCAUCCUCAUUCUUUUUGCUGCUAUUUUUUGCCAUCUUGUGUCUCCACAGGCCAUAGGCUCAGGAAUUCCAGAGCUAAAGGUAAUUCUUCGAGGAGUUGUCCUGAAGGAAUACCUGACUCUCAAAGCUUUUGUGGCCAAAGUCAUUGGAUUAACAGCCUCUUUGGGUAGUGGGAUGCCCCUGGGAAAGGAGGGGCCGUUUGUGCACAUUGCCAGCAUUUGUGCUGUCGUCCUUAGCAAGUUUAUGUCAGUUUUCUGCGGUGUUUACCAGCAGGCGUAUUAUUACACUGACGUCCUAACAGUGGGAUGUGCUGUUGGAGUCGGAUGUUGCUUUGGGACCCCCUUGGGAGGUGUGUUGUUCAGCAUUGAAGUGACAUCAUCUUAUUUUGCGGUGAGGAAUUAUUGGCGAGGCUUCUUCGCAGCAACAUUUAGUGCCUUUAUCUUCCGAGUUCUCGCCGUGUGGAACAAAGAUGCAGUUACGAUCACUGCACUUUUUCGCACAAAUUUUCGCAUGGAAUUUCCCUUUGAUCUUCAGGAGCUGCCGGCUUUUGCUGUGAUUGGAAUUUGCUGUGGAUUUUUGGGUGCCUUCUUUGUUUACCUAAAUCGGCAGGUGGUGCUGGGUAUCCGUAGAAACCAAACUCUGAGCAGUUUCCUGAGUCGUUAUCGUCUGAUUUAUCCAGCUGUUAUCACAUUUUGUAUCGCAACGCUCACCUUCCCUAGAGGCUUUGGUCAGUUUAUGGCAGGAGAGCUCAUGCCUCGGGAGAGCAUCAGCGUUUUGUUUGAUAACCACACUUGGACGAAGCAUGACAUGAAGACAACAGAUAUCCUCGGGCGCUCUGCGGCCUUCAUCCACCCAACCGUCAGCGUCUUUGUCACUCUACCCCUCUUUUUUGUCAUGAAGUUUCUGAUGUCUGUUGUCGCCACUACGAUGCCAAUACCAUGUGGAGCCUUCAUGCCGGUGUUUGUACUUGGUGCUUCGUUUGGAAGGAUUGUGGGUGAAUUGAUGGCCUACCUGUUCCCCAAUGGGAUUCUGUUUGAUGGAAUUGUGUAUAAAAUCUUGCCUGGAGGUUAUGCAGUGAUAGGGGCCGCAGCCCUCACAGGUGCAGUCACACACACCGUGUCCACAGCUGUCAUCUGCUUUGAGCUGACAGGACAAAUUUCCCAUAUUCUUCCCAUGCUGAUUUCUGUCAUUAUGGCCAAUGUGGUGGCACAGAACCUUCAGCCCAGUCUAUACGAUUCCAUCAUCCAGACAAAGAGACUGCCAUACCUCCCUGAUCUCUCAGGAUGCCACGUUAGCAAAUAUAACAUCUUUGUGGAAGACAUUAUGGUGAGAGAUAUUCGCUUUAUCUCCUCUCACUGCACGUACAGAGACCUGCGCAAUGUCCUACAGAGCUGCACUCAUAAAACACUCCCCCUGGUGGAGUCUCCAGACUGUAUGGUCCUUCUGGGGUCCAUUGAAAGAUCAGAAAUUAUUGCUCUGCUGGAACGACUUCUCAGCCGAGAGAGAAGACAACGUCUGGCAUCUCCACCAUACAAAGGACAGAGGCCAACAGAGCCACCAGGAAAAAGAGACUCUUUCAAAUAUGUGGAUGAAGAAGACAUAGCUGGUGAGGAGGAGGAGAAGAAAGAGCCUGUAGAGCAGUGUAAUGGUCCAAUAAGCCCCAGCAAUCCUACGGAUUACUCCAGCUCUCCACCACACCCAGACAGUGUUUUCAGCAGAUUUCGCUCAACGAUCCAAAGAAUCUUCUGCAAUACGGCUGAAGAAGACAAAGACGAGGCGCCUUCAGAGGUACCAGAGGUUGAGGACACAAUGACACCGGAGGAGAUUGCAGUCUGGGAAGAGCAGGAGCUGGGGAAGGUAGCGUGCUUUGAUAGCUGCCUGAUUGACCCAUCCCCAUUCCAAAUGGUGGAGAGGACCUCUCUUCAUAAGACUCACACUCUGUUCUCACUGCUGGGACUCAGCCAAGCCUACAUCACUAAUGGGGGAAAACUGCGAGGAGUCAUCGCAUUGAAAGAGGUAGAAGGAUUACUAUGCAGUUCAGUUACUGAGAGGUUAUUGUGCAAUUGGGUCUAGUGGUAACGUUCUGCACAUUGUCUCUAAAUACUCCCCCAUACCUGCCCACUCUGCCCUGUCCAUCAUAUCUUAGUCCAAUAACUACAUAUCUAUCUAUCUAUCUAUCUAUCUAUCUAUCUAUCUAUCUAUGUACUAUUCCUAAUAAAUUAUGUUUCAUAAUUGUAUAUAUUGAAUUGUCUACAGCUCCUUAGCUUUUCUUUAUUUGCUACAGUUACAAAAAGCCAUAGAAGGAACAGCCCAGGCUGGGGUCCGCUUGCGUCCUCCUUUUGCCAGUUUUCGGGAUGCCAGUCGUUCCAUGUCUCAAAAGAAACUACAAAGUCCACCUUCCAAGGCACCUCCUUCUCCUGAUCCUUCCUUGCUUCCUGAUGAACCCACAGUGUUUGCAACACCAGAUUCAGAAUUGGACGAUCUGUCAGGUCAGGGGUCAGAGAAUGUGUCCCAGAUACUUAAGGACUUCCAAAUGUCUUCAGAGCAAAGUGAAGAUGAUGCACCACUAUAAUACAUGGCCAUAAACAAUAGCAACACAGCCACUAUCUGAUAGCCAAGGUCCCUCAACAUCAAAAGUUUUGGGAUUUGGUACAUUUGGUCAGCACUUCCAAGAAGACUGAAUUUGCUUCCAGCUCCUUUAUGUCCAACAACCCUGACACAUGAACUUUUACAGUUUACCUGAUGCACAGGGUGUCCUUUAUCUGUAAUACAAACACUGUAUUAAUAGGAAGCAAGUGGUUUCAUUCAGUGAUACCCAGCUAAGACCUAUUAUUUUGUAUCUAUUAAAUCUGGGCCUGUUACCUACAACUUGAAGAAACUAAACAACAAUCUCAAAAAGUGCACUUGAUUCAUCUGCCGGAGAAACUGUUUUUUAGAAAGAGCCAUACCAGGACAUAUACACAUAAAUGUUUUUUGAAAACCCUUAUAACAACUAACUUCUGCUGAAAAAAUAUAUGUUCUAUUACCAUGUCUAGAGUCAAAAUUAUAUUCAUGUGAUACAUG